UGGGGCUCUGCGAAUACACAAGGAAUGUUAUCACUGAACGCUUUUUAAAUCUCAAAAAAACAUUUAUUUCACAAAGAAUAACAAAGGAAGAGUCUUUUGGUACAGUUUGUGCUUUUCAUCCAUCUAACUAAAGGAUUAGAAGAAUAUUGUGAAAUAUCUGAAUGGAAUCUGAAAUAGACCCACCUGCUUAUCAUCAUUCGAUAGAGGCAGCGAUAUCUGCUUUGGACAGCACUCAUUUUGUUGGACUUCACUCUGUUCAUGGAGGUUCACCGGAACAAGAUGUGGAUCCUUCUUUUUCUAUUGCCUACAACCAUAUGGAAUUUCCAGCAAUCCAUCAACCAAUCACUUCCUCACCUUAUCAUUCAAAUUCAAGUUAUUACCCACAACAUACAGAAGACUGGUGUUCCAAUGGAAUUUAUGAUCUGAAACGAAUACCUUCUGAGAACCUGUUUGCAAUAGACAAUGAUCAUAUGGAUUACCCAGCAGCCACCAAAAAGUCCAGAGUUGCUCCUUGUAUGGGAAGAGUUAAAGGGGAUGAAUUAUGUGUCGUGUGCGGAGAUAAAGCAUCAGGUUACCAUUACAAUGCUUUAACAUGUGAAGGGUGCAAAGGUUUCUUCAGAAGAAGUAUUACAAAGAAUGCAAUUUAUAAAUGUAAGAAUGGUGGUAACUGUGAAAUGGACAUGUACAUGAGGAGAAAGUGCCAGGAAUGCCGACUGAGGAAAUGUAAACAGAUGGGAAUGUUAGCUGAGUGUUUGUUAACGGAAAUCCAGUGCAAGUCAAAACGUCUACGAAAAAAUGUGAAACCAACAUCUGAAAAAUAUUUUAAUGAAGAUAUUGAAGGAAGUGAACUCAAACAAGUGACGUCUACUACAAAAACAAAUAAGGUAAAACCAGAGCUGACCCAAGAACAGAAGGAUCGUCUGCAGUUUGUAAUGGAUUCAUAUAGCAAGAAUCGUAUCCCUCAAGAUAUUGCUACAAAGCUAGUAGUAAGGUUGCAGGAUGAGAACAAUACAGAUGAGAACUUUGUGUUUCUGACAGACAUGGCUACAAGUCAUGUUCAGGUCCUCGUUGAAUUCACUAAAAAGUUACCAGGUUUUCAGACAUUAGAUCAUGAAGACCAGAUUGCUCUUCUAAAGGGUUCUGCAGUUGAAGCCAUGUUUCUUCGGUCAGCUGAGCUUUUUAACAGGAAGCUGCUUGAGUGGAAUACUGACCUCUUGGAAGAGAGAAUUCGUAAUAGCGGUAUAUCAAAUGACUACAUUAAUCCAAUGUUCAACUUCUAUAAGAGCGUUGGAGAACUGAAGAUGACAAAAGAAGAAUAUGCUGUUCUCACAGCUGUAGUCAUUCUGACACCAGAUAGACAAUACAUCAAAGAUAAAGAAUCUGUGGAAAAGCUUCAGGAACCAUUUCUGGAUAUUUUGGAGAAGCUUUGCAAGAUUCAUCACCCAAAGAACCCUCAGCAGUUUGCUAGGUUGUUGGGACGUCUCACAGAAUUAAGGACAUUUAGUCAUCACCAUACAGAAAUGCUGUUGUCUUGGAGAGUAAAUGAUCACAAAUUUACACCCCUACUUUGUGAAAUCUGGGAUGUCCAAUAACGACUGCUUAGGUUAUUUAGGCAUUUUAGUUUUAUAUAGACGUUCAUGUAGUACUGAUUAAAUAAUAUUAUUAAAAAAAUAAAUUAAAUUUAGAUACAGACUUAAAGUGCCAUAAAACAGGUUGAGAUCUGUGCAUAUCCUAAAAGGGCUAAUAAAUUAAAAAUUGUUUGCAUUAAAAAAUUGUUUGAAAAUUGCUGGCAAGUAUUUUAAAAUUUUAAAAAAUAAGCAAAAAUACUUACAUACAGUAGCUAUGCUGUCUGGAGCACUGUGCUCCACCCCCCUUAUCAGUGUUUAGACACAGGCAUAUUUCAACUGAGUUGACAGCUUCUAGGCAUGCUCCAGCAGAUAAUCCCUGUUCACUUUUGCAUUCUACCAAAACAACAAAAGAUAUAGAUACAGCCCUAGAAGGAAAUGUGUGGGGGGAGUUAGAGCUUUACAAUUCAUAAACUUAAAUGAAAGGGUUAAUGGCGAGGCACUGCAGUAUAAAUUUGCAAGUAAAGUAAUUAAAUUUACAUAUUAUAUUAUUUUGUCUAUCUGAACUUGUUUUAUGUCCCUUUAACCUCUGAUUUUAAAAUCACAUAUUAUUAUUUUUAGUGUUGUCAACACUACUGUUUUGGAAAUAACUAAUUUUGAAGCUAUCUUAAUCCACAUGUGUAGGCAUUACAUAAAGAGCCAUCAUUUUUACUAAUGAAUGUAUUACUUUAAUUUGAAAAUGCCUAUAGAUGUUAAUAGCUUAUACCACAAUGGGGAACAAUUAAAAAAUCAGAUGUUAGUGAUUUAUCAGCAAAUUCUACAUAUAGUACAGUAUGAAACUUGAGUGUUAACUUUAUUUAUUAAAAUAUGUUAUACUGUAAAUUUUUGUAAAGUUCAUUUUAAGUGUUUUGGACUUCAUUGUUUCUUUUUUCUUAACUGGAUGGCAAUUUUCGAGGUCUUUCAAAAUGAAGAUGAAAUGUUCCAUACAAAUGCAAACUUUACCGUAUCUUCCAUGCUAUACAGUUCAAUUAAGAUUUUCAUAUGCUUGACUUUUUUUUUUACCUUUUUUGUUUAUUAAUAAAUGACUAGAGUUGUUGAUGUGACAGUGAUAACAUUAUAAUUUAACAAUAUUUCAACUUACUAAGACAAAAUGAAAUGAUGUACCCUUUAAGCAAUUAUGUAUUGUUUUUAUAGUGUUUGUUAUGCAUGGUCUGCAAAAUGUCAAGUUAUGUUUUAGGAUAAUUCACAUAAUAGAUCUAACAUAUAAUAAAAUGCAGCUACAUUCACAUUA